AUGGGUUACAUCUGGGUUGCCCCGCGAUCCCUCAAGAGGACCGAACUGGGCGAUGAUCCCUCUAUCGGAGGGUCACUGCCGACAUGGCUUGCCAAAGUUGAAUACUACGAGGUCGAUUCCAAGUUGCUCAUCACGCCCGGGCGUUCCGACAAGCUGGAAGAAGCCAUCAACGCAGCUAGCCGCCUCAACAAGAAGAACCUGGGCAGUAGACAGCGGGCAGCGGAGUCAAGGUUAAGAGCUGCACAUUCUUGGGCUAGCUUCGAUAGGUAG